AUGCUUGUUAUUAAUCAUGGUAUUGCUUUUCUUGGGUUACUAGAAACUAAAAAAGAGUCCAUUGAUUUAUUUAUGGUUCGUCGUCUAUGGCCAAACUUAGACUUUGAUAUCUUGUUUGUUUCGUCGGUUGGUGCUUCAGGUGGUUUAUUAUGGGUGUUGAACACCGUCUCUAUCAAUGUGACGUCAAUUUUAACUGGAAAUAGAUGGAUUUGUUCGGACUUUGUUUGGGAGGGGAUGAAUUAUCGCCAUAUCCUUAUCUAUGCGAGUUCGGUAAUUGCUGAUCGUAUUACCUUUUGGAAUGAUAUUCUUCAGCUGGUGGUGUUUAAUGGUUCAGUUGAUAUUAGUGGGGAUUUCAAUGAAAUUCUUAUUCCGGAGGAAAGAACAAACAGCUCUGGUUAUACCUCAUCUAUAAUGAAGGGGAGCUCAUUGACUUACCUCUCCAAGGAAGAACAGUGGCCGUCUAUGUCCCUCACUGCCCUUUCUAAAGGAUUAUCUGACCACUCUCCAAUUCUUUUCAAGUUUGGAAAUGAAGUAGAUUGGGGUCCAAAACCAUUCCGCUCUAUCGAUGCUUGGUGGAAGCACGAUAACUUUUCAGAAUUUGCAGCUAAUUCACGGUUAAAAGCAGGUGAGUCUCACACAACCCUUGUUCCUAAGCUGAAAGAUCUCCGCAAUCGGUUGAAAGACUGGAAUCAACAGGUUUUUGCUGAUUCUCGUGCUCGAACUGAAUCAGAGAUUGAAACGCUGGCUUCUCUUCGAACAGAGUUUCUAAUUGCAGCUGUUCAAAACGGUAAUGAGAGAUUCACGGACCUAGAGGCUAUGAAAUUCAGUAUCAGACAGUUCUUCAGCUCAUUAUUUGAGCGACAUCAUAAGGCAGAUUAUAUGCUCUCCAAUCUUUGCUUCAGUAAACUCUCACCUGCACAAUCUGAACAUCUGCUAAGAGCUUUUAGUGAAGCAGAAAUCCUCUCUUGCGUUAACUCUAUUAAUCAGCUUAAAGCACCGGGACCGGACGAUUUCAAUUUUUUCUUUUACAAGCGAGCUUGGAGCUUCUCGAAGCAGGAUAUUUUGAACUUCUUUAGCACUUUUCAUGAGACAACUUUCCUGCCUAAAGGCAUUAAUACAUCUUUUUCUGUUCUUAUUCCGAAGGUGACGGGUUCAGCUAAUUUAUCAGAUUAUCGCCCAAUCGGUUUUGUAAAUGGCAUCUACAAACUCCUUUCGAAAGUUCUUUCCAUGAGACUUGCUCCUAUGCUUCCAGAUAUUAUUUCAGAUUACCAACAUGCUUUCAUUAAAGGAGGAGUAUUCUUGAUUGUUCUAUGA